AUGAGAUGUGCACCAGAAAAAUCUGAAUUUAUACAAAUAAGACCUAAAAACACCCAGCAGACACGCUCCCCCAUCCUCAAUCUGGAGAUCAACGGAAGCCAGGUCAAACAAGUGCAGGAGCUCCGGGUGCUAGGUUUCCGGCGGAAACGAAAACUUCACUUGGUGUUCGAAUACUGCGAUCACACCGUGCUAGACUUCCUGGACAAACAUCCAAAAGGCGUUCCAGACGCGCUCACGAAGAGGAUGGUGUUCCAGACACUACAAGCCAUCAACUUCUGCCACUUGCAUAACUGCAUUCACAGGGACGUCAAGCCGGAGAACAUCUUGCUCACCAAGGAUGGCGUUGUCAAGCUUUGUGACUUUGGCUUUGCUAGGACACUCAGUCCCGGCGAGAACUACACGGACUACGUCGCCACGCGCUGGUACCGGGCGCCCGAGCUGCUGGUGGGCGACACGCAGUACGGCCCACCCGUCGACGUCUGGGCGGUGGGCUGCGUGGCCGCAGAGCUGAUGCGUGGCGAGGCGCUGUGGCCCGGAAAGUCGGACGUCGACCAGCUCUACCUCAUUCGCAGGACACUGGGCGAACUUAUACCAAGGCAUCUGCAGAUCUUCAAGACCAACGACUUCUUUGCUGGAGUCAGCAUUCCCGACCCUGAUGUUGUCGAAUCACUACAAUCUGCAAUACCAGCAGCCGUGGACACAUUCGGAAUCGAUUUCUUGAAGAAAUGCCUGGACAAGGACCCUGCCAAGCGGUGGACGUGCGAGCAAUUGCUGAAACACCCGUACCUUGGCGAUUGCAAGGUGCCCGAGGUGGAUGUCGAGGACAACGUUCGAAUACGAAGAGAAAAGUCUAAGAAUGGCGCUCAACACCAGUCUCUGUUUCCUCACCUUCCGGGUCACUCCGGAAGUGGCUACCCGACGCCGGAUAUCCGGGCCUCGCACUUGCACUCUCGACAUUCCCAGCCGCUGCAGAGCCAGCCCCACUCGCAGCAGUCAUCGUCGCGCAAGUUUGACCACCUACCAAACAUCUGA